AUAUAAUGUACAACAAAGCUUUAGUGUUAAAAUAAAGACCUGAUGAAACAUUCCCAUAAAAUAUGGAUUUUUUUGAAGUAUAAGAAAUUCCAGUGCCUGAACUAAAUGAAGGAGAAAUAUUAAUAAGAGUAGAGUUUGAAUUCAAAUAAAGGUUUUGUACAUAGGAGUAGAUCCAGUUAUGAGAGUUUGGCUUUCUGGAGCUAAAACAUAUAUAGAUGCAGUGUAAAUAGGAUAAGUGAUGCCAGCAUUUGGAGUUGGAGUGAUAGUAUAGACAAAACAAGCAAAGUGGGAUAUAGGUAAAAGAGAAAUUCUAGAUUUUAGGAUAAUUAGUAUUUGGUGUAUUAGAGUGUGCAAACUUAUGUAAGAGAUAAACAAAGCCUUUGUUUAAGGUUCCAUUGUUUGAAAUUGGAGAUCCAAACAUUCCAUUGUUAUUAUCUAUUUAUGGAGUAACAGGAUUGACAGCUUUAAAUGGAAUGAAACUUAUCCCAUAGGAUCAUAUACCUACGACUUAGUAAUAGAAAACAUUUUGUGUGUCAAGUGCAGCAGGAUCUACAGGAUCUAUUGCUAUUUAGAUUGCUAAGCAUAUGGGAUAUAAAACUAUUGGAAUUGUGAGUGGAAGAGAAAAGAGAGAUUUUGUUUUAAGUUUAGGAGCAGAUCAAUGUAUUACAUAUAAUGAUUGUAAAGAAAAUGAUGAAAUAAUUGUUGAGUAUAGAAUAUUAUUAAAAAUUAGCAAAUUGACAUAAGAAAUUUAAAAAGUAGCACCAGAGGGCAUUGAUGUAUAUUUUGAUAAUGCAGGAGAAGAAGUCCUUGAUGCUAUAUUACCAGCAAUGGCUAAAGAAGGAUUAAUCUUACUAUGUGGUGCUACAUCAACAUAUAAUGCUUGGAAAAAUAGAGGAGGAUUAACUAAUUUAGCUUCUGCUAUCACUUAAUAAGUUAAAUUAGAAGGUACAUAUCUCAUAUAUUAUUAGGCAUAAUAUUUUAUUAGGAUCAAGCCAAAAUUUAUAGUGGAUUCUCAGAUAUGAUUGAAUUGGUCAAUGAUGGAGUAAUCAAACAUCAAGAAGAAAUUUAUUAUGGAGUUGAAAAUUUUGUUUAGGGACUCAAAAGAGUUUUUCUUGGUUAAAAUAUGGGUAAAAUCAUUAUUUAAAUUGAACAAUAAAUCCAAGAUUAAGCUAAAUUAUGAUGAUG